AACAUUGUAACCACAUCAAAGAGGGCGCGCGCGGGAGGGAGGGAGGGAGGCGAGGCUGGCGCGGGAGCGCGCGCGCGUGCCCGCGCCCCUCUCUCCUCCUCCGCCUCCCCUCCCUCUUUCUCCGCCUCCCCUCCUUCUCUGGCGAGGCAGGAUCGGGACCAUGAACCCCCGGCGGGGGCGGCGGGCCGGGCCGAGGUAGCCGCGGGCCGGAGGAAGGAAAGCGGGGAGCGGCGGCGGAUGGGGACCGGAGCGGACGCUGCUGCUGCGGCGCCGGUGGCUCCCGGUGCUGCUGCUGUCUGAGCCUGGAGCUCCGGCCGCGACGGCAGCCUCCUCUCCGGGUCUCCGGCCCGGCCUCCUGGCGGCCCCACCCCCGUCCCCACCCAGCCAGGUCUGGGCGAGCGGCAGCCCAGCGGAAGCGGCAGUCGGAGGAGCGGCGGCGCCGCGCACGGAGCCCGCAGACAUGAGUGAGUCCGUCGUCUGCACCACCCGAGCCACUGUGAUGCUGUAUGAUGAUGCCAACAAGAAAUGGGUGCCCGCGGGGAGCGGCCCCCAGGCCUUCAGCCGCAUCCAAAUCUACCACAGCCCUGUCAACAACACGUUCAGGGUCGUGGGGAGAAAGAUGCAGCCAGACCAACAGGUGGUCAUCAACAGCCCCAUCGUGAAAGGGCUAAAAUACAACCAGGCUACGCCCAACUUUCACCAGUGGCGAGAUGCCCGCCAAGUCUGGGGGCUCAACUUUGGCACCAAAGAGGACGCUAGCCAGUUUGCUGGUGGGAUGAUGGCUGCUCUGGAGGCACUGGAUUCAGGGAACUCGGCAGCUCCACGGCCCAUCCAGAACGGCCCCACAGCGGAAGAAAUGGCAGAGCAGCAGAAAAGGCAGCAGCAGCAGCUGGAAAGGGAGCAACAGGAGCAGGCCGAGCGAGAGAGGCGGGUGACAAUCUCAGUGCCUGCAGGGACCCCUUCGGGAGGAGGACCCCCGCCCGCACCAGGACCCCCGCCCGCCCCGCCAUGCCCGCCCCCGGGCCCACCGCCAGGAGCACCAGCGGGGCCACCCCCACCUCCGGGGCCUCCGCCACCGCCCGGCCCCCGCCUGGCCCCCCUGGCCCUCCGCCUCCGGGAGGGGGGCCCCCCUGCGCCGCCCCUCCCGCCUCCCCAGGGCCCGGCAGGAGGGGGCGGCCCGCCCUCCGGCUUGGCUGCUGCCCUCGCAGGGGCAAAGCUCAAGAAAGUGGGCAGGGAGGAGGCACCAAAGGCUGCGGCUGGUGCGGCACCCCCGCCGAGUGGAGGGGGAGGCGGGGGGCUCAUGGAGGAAAUGAGCGCCAUGUUGGCACGGCGGAGGAAAGUUGCGGAUCAGGGUGAGAAACCCAUUCCAAAGAAAGAUGAAGGUCCCCAAAACGACAUGGACGCUGGUGCCAAGACCACAGAUUCCUUCCGCAGGCCUUGGGAGAAGACCAGCACGACGCUACCCAGGAUGAAAUCCGCCGGAGCGAUCACCGGUUCGGAACCUGCUGGUGGCGGCGGAGGAGGAGGAGACGAGUCGGAGCUGGAACGGGUGAAACAGGAACUCUUGCAGGAGGUCCGGCGGGAAUUACAGAAAAUGAAAGAGGAGAUCAUACAGGCAUUUGUGACAGAGCUACGGAAGCGGGGGUCUCCUUAGUGCAACCCCCCCACACACAAGAAAGAAAACCCCCCAACUUGCCGGUGUCUCCUGGAGCCAGCAGUUCAAUCCUCCGAAACGUGCAGGAAAAAAUAAAAGCGGAAGAAGAUAAAAAGAACGAACUUGAUCACCCCUUUUCUCCCCACGCCCCCCCACAAACGCACCAGAUGAGCUCCACACAACACACACACACACCUUUUCCCGUCGGCUCCCAGGCCCCCGCUGUGCAAUUUCCGGGGAGGGGGGGGGAAGGAGAAUCUGUGGCAGCCCCCCACCCCAGGAAGGGCAGGACCCCCACCUGUGCCUUACCCAGAGCAAUAGCAACACCCCUCCUUCGUCCUCUGCUUCCUCCCCACCCCCACCCCCGCCACAACGAGCGGCUUGUUCCUGCAGGAGGUGUGCAAGGGGGGGGGUGUUUCCCUGGCGGAACUGGCUCCUUCCCCCCCCCCUCCCGCCACCACUUAACACUGUGCCAUUCCCAGAGAGGGCUAGACUCUCCAUCACCCGCAAAUCAUCCUUUUUCACGCUUGGACCAAGACGCCUGUGUCUGUUUUUUCUUUCUCUCCUCCGCCCCCCCCCCCAAAAAAAAACCCAUGGCAUGGGAAGAGGGGGGGGAAACACCUGUUUUUCCCGGGCUUCAGGGAAUCGCAUCAGCUUAACCAAACUGGAGAAGUUUCCUUUUCUUUGAAGGUAGUGGUCAGCAACUGGGUUGCCCCAAAGUCCAAACCUUUGCCCUGCCUUUCCUGAACUUCCUUCCUCUCCUAAACCAGCAACAUUUCCCUUUUUAGCUAAGGCAGCAGGUCUCUCGGACCUUCCUUCUUCCAGACACGAUGCCAGGGGUUGGGUUUGCGAUAAGGGGACCAAGGAAUGAAACAAAGGUGGCCUGAACUUUCUCUGUAGUUUGGGGGCACACAGUUAUAUAUUUUUCCCAGCGGAAGGGUGACAAACGGCAGCGUUCCCGCUGCUGGUAAUUUGACCCGGGCCAAAUUCCGGCCACCUAGUUGCCAACCACAACCUUUUUAUUUUUAAAAAAGGCACCCUUACUUGCAAUGCACGCCCCCCCCCCUCGCUAGUCAUGCAUGCCCACCCUUGGAAGAUGGACCACUUUGCUGAAAAGGACAGCUUCCACGACCCCCCCUCCCCAAAUAAUAAUAAUAAUUACCACCCCACUUCCUAGUACCUUUUCUCAUUUCACAUGCUCUCUCUUGCUGGGCUCAUUCUGAAAAAAAAUAUUUUACUCAACCCCACCCACUCACCCAUCUCUCUGCUCUCACCUCUCUGGGUAAUGAUUUGUUUUUAUUUUUAAUAAUAAUAAAAAAAGAGGAUUUCGCUC